AUGUAUUUCAGUAUCUCCGUUGAUGAACUCAUCCCCUCUGACUCCACUCAUUAUGAGGUGCAGGAGCUUCUAGGCAGAGGCACCUAUGGGAUAGUCACUAAGUGCAGGAAAACAACCACCAAUGAAAUUGUGGCUUUAAAAAUCCUCCGGUCACCACAGUGUAUGGAAGCUGCCAAGAAAGAGGUGGCUUUUCUCAAGUCAAUGAGAAACUUCAACUUAGACAAUUUCAAUAUCCUCAAACUGAACACCUACUUCACCUUCAAGGGCCAACUCUGUCUUGAGUUUGAGAAACUGGACAUGAACCUUAAACAAUUCAUCGAGAAUAACCACGAUCAGACUCUGGAGAUGACGGUGAUACGCUCCAUUGUGCAGCAGAUGGCUACUGCCCUAGAGUUUCUGAAGGGCAUCGGGGUGGUUCAUGCUGACUUAAAGCCGAAAAACGUUAUGGUGGUGGACCAUUCACAAAGGCCAGUGAGAGUCAAAGUCAUUGACUUUGGUUUAGCAUGCAGACAUCCUGAGAAACAUGUGGGUGUAAACCUCCAGUCCAGGUGUUAUAGAGCUCCAGAGGUCUUGCUUGGAAGUCCCUUCAACGAGGCCAUCGAUGUUUGGUCUUUGGGAUGCGUUGCUGCUGAACUGCUAUUGGGCAAAGUACUUUUCCAGGGCUGUGAUGAAUAUGACAUGAUGAGAUGGAUCGUCUUCACCGUUGGACAGCCACCAGUCCGUGUGCUCGAUGCAGGACGGUACACAGCAGAGUUUUUCAAGAAAAAUGUCCUGCGACCCGGAACCAACCAGUGGACCUUUGCGUCGAGAGGUGAUGAGACGAUUUCCGCUGACAAGGGCAACAUGCUGAGUGAUCUUCAGACAAUCCUGCAGAAGGCGCCUUAUAGAGUGUCAGACAAAGACACUUUUUGUGAAAUCUGUGAAAGGGUGAGCUUUGCUGACCUGGUGACAAAGAUGUUGACGGUGGAUGCUGCUGACAGAAUCACACCAAUGCAGAUUCUUCAGCACCCAUUUAUCACAAUGGACCACCUUGUCGACAUAUUUGGCUGCACCCCCUAUGUGCAGUCGUUCAUAAAGCAGAGGCGCACCUUUCAGGGUCUGAGCUCUGAUAACGAGAAAGACAUCACAGUCCCGUCAACAUACCAGAGUGAGGAUUCCUCUUACAUCACUGCCAGUUCACGAGGCAGUGACCCCUCUGAAGGCAGCUCUGUUUGGUUGAGUGCAAAUGAGCAUUUCUCACCUUCAGACUCUAUCAUCAGCGAGGACAAGGCAGAUGACAGAAAGAGAAGAAGGGAUACCGAUGAGGAUCCACAUCAUGACAACACGUAG